AUGACCUCAACGUUGCUGCAAAACGGUAAUUCUCAUCUUAUAUCGUCUAAAGAAGAUGAUACUGCCGAAAGUGAUGCCCGCAGUCGUACAAGUAGCGAUAGUGACAAUGAAGAAACACUUGACAUUCGUCGUCUUAAGUCACGUUUAUUAACCACAAAAUUAUCUGAAUCCUCAUUUUCACGAUCUACAAAAUCUAACUCUCCUUCGACUGAUAUCGAACAUCGUAUUAAAUUAGCGACUGAUAAAGGCGAUCUAGUCACACUAUGUCAGUUAUACAAAGACAAUAAAAUGGAUGUUGAACAACGUUUUACAUGUGGAUGGAAUUCAUUAAUUUAUGCAUCAUACAUGUGUCAGUUAGAAAUUGUCAAAUAUUUGGUCGAACAAAAAGGAGCAAAUGUGAAUGGUGGUGCAAAUCAGGAGUGCAGUCCAUUAAUGGCAUGUUGUAUGGCUACUCAUUCGUGCUGUAAAUCAACUAUAUCUUCUAUUGCUCAAAAUCAGUAUUUGUGCUGUAAAUAUUUAUUAGAGCAUGGUGCUCAAGUUGAACCAACUACUUCUAGUGUUACCACCACUCCUUUGAUGUAUGCUUCGAGAUUCGGCCAUUCACAUUUGAUUCAAUUACUGAUUGAUAGUGGUGCCGAUCUGAAUCGUCGAGAUGAAAAAGGAUGGUGUCCACUGUUGAUGGCUACACAACAUGGACAUUUAGAUAUUGUUAAACAUUUAGUACAAAAUGGUGCUGAGACGAAGAUUAAGACGAACCAGGGUCUCACCGCUCAGGAUAUUGCUAAACAUUUACAAUUUACAAAUAUCUAUACAUACUUAACACAAGCAGAAGACAUAUCGGUAAGCAAAAAAGAGUUAUCCAUAAUGUAAGUUAUGUAAAUAAUAGCAUAAACUGUCAGUGUUUAUAUUUUACAGACAGUCCUAGUAGUUCUUUAAUAGCGUCAUAUUUGAUAUAUUAUCAGUUAAGCUGUUAUUAAUAAUUACUUUUUUCGUAAAGAUCAGUAUUGUUUCUGAUCUAAUAUGGCUUUUAGAUAACCU